AUGGCUCCCAAAACUGGCAAUUUUAAUCAAAUUGCAACAGACAAAUCUAAGAAGACUGCAGCCACGCAAGCCGCCGAAACAAGUAAGGAUGGCUCCAAGGACAAAACCAAGGGAAAGGCUAAAGAAAAGGUCAAAGCGCUUGCUGCCAAAAAAGCUAUUGUAAAGGGAGUUCAUGAGAAAGCAAAAAAAAAGAUCCGUACUUCAACAACAUUUCGCCGGCCAAAAACCCUUCGGCUACCACGCGACCCCAAAUAUGUGCGUAAAUCUGUCCCUCAUACACCUCGUAUGGAUCAAUAUAGGAUUCUGAAGAAUCCUCUAAAUACAGAAUCCGCAAUGAAGAAAAUUGAGGACACAAAUACACUCGUUUUCAUUGUUGAUGUCCAAGCUAACAAGCGUCAAAUCAAAGAGGCA